AUGGCGCUGAUCAAGUUCGCGCCGUUUGGCGCCACGAUCCACCCGUCGUUCUGGCAGCAGCUGUCGAGCUACAAGAUCGACCGCCUCCAGCUGAGUGAGGAGCCUGUCGACGUGCGCGCUACCUACGCGGCAGGCAGGAGCAUCCUCGACCGGCAGACGGGCCAGGAGGUCCACCUCGGCUGCAGCAUCAACGUCGACGGCUCGAGCUUCCUCGGCGUCGGCAACGAGCAGGGUCCCGACGCUCCGUCGACGGCCAGCCACGCCGUCGCCGUCCGAGGCCGCCUCAAGAACUUCAACACCAUCGAAGAGUUCAAAAAGGCCGAUAAGCAGGCUGCAUUCGACGAGGCGCUGCAGGAUAUCUGGCAGUCGAUCCUCCAUGCCGAUGAUCCUACGGACAAGCUCUCGAGCUUUCUCGUGCUGACCUUUGCGGACCUGAAAAAGUACCGAUUCUUCUACUGGUUCGCCUUCCCAGCGCUGACCGCCAAGCCCUCUUGGGAGCUCGUGGGCGAGCCAGGAGGGGCAGAGGCAGGACAGGCAGGCCAGGCGGGCCAAGGAGGCUGGCGGUCGGUCGCGGACGUGCUCGGUGGCCGGGGUGCACAGUCGCUGGCGUCCCAGCUGGCUUCUCGGCACGACGCGGGCGAGCGAUGCGACUUCUUCCUCGUCAAGCGCGCGUCUUCAAGCUCGGCGGAUGCCGUCGAGGUGGCCGGCGUCAAGCACUUCGACGCCUUCUUUGCCGGCGUCGAUGAAGGCGAGCGUAUCGUCGGCCUCCUCGACCCCUCGUCCAACAUCGACGCGCCUGGCUGGCCGCUGCGCAACCUGCUGGUCAUGCUGCACGCGCGGUACGGCGUUUCAAGGAUCAAGGUGGUGCGGUGGAAGGAUGCCAUCUCGGCGGCGAUCCCCGCGGGAGGAGGUGCGACUCUGGGCGGAGGCUCGGGAGCGGCGAGGCUCAGCCUGAUCGGCGACGUAGUGCUGCCCAAGCUACCGGAGAGCGUCGACGGCAGCGCAGGCAGAGUCGUCCUCGACGGCGGCCGGACGCUCGCGCUGGCAUCCCAGCCGGACCGGCCCGAUGCGCCGGCGGGCGUGGGCUGGGAGCGCAACGCGCAGGGCAAGCUGGGGCCCAAGGUGGCCGAUCUGGGACCGCUGAUGGACCCGGCGCGGCUGGCCGACCAGGCGGUGGACCUCAACCUCAAGCUGAUGCGGUGGCGCAUCAUGCCCGACAUCAAGCUCGAGCGGAUCCAGCAGACGAGGUGCCUGCUGCUGGGCGCGGGCACGCUGGGUUGCUACGUGGCUCGCACGCUGCUCGGGUGGGGCGUGCGCCACAUCACGUUUGUCGACUCGUCGCGCGUGUCGUUUUCGAACCCGGUGCGCCAGCCGCUGUUCGACUUCCAGGACUGCCUCGACGGCGGCAAGCCAAAGGCGCAGUGUGCCGCCGACAAGCUCAAGCAGAUCUACCCUGGCGUGACCUCGGAGGGCCACACGCUCAACAUCCCGAUGCCAGGGCAUCCCGUAGCGCCGGGCUCGGUCGAGCAGGUGAGGCGGGACGUGGCGCAGCUCGAGUCGCUCAUCGACGGGCACGAUGUCGUCUACCUGCUCAUGGACUCGCGCGAGAGCCGCUGGCUGCCGACGGUGCUGGGCGCGGCCAAGUCGAAGCUCGUCGUCAACGCCGCGUUGGGCUUCGACACGUACCUCGUCAUGCGCCACGGUGCGCCGCCCGCGUCGCCGUCGCCGUCGGCGGCCAAUGACCGGGGAGACGAGAUGAGCAAGCCGCCGUCGCACCGGCGCCUGGGGUGCUACUUUUGCAACGACGUCGUGGCGCCCACCGACUCGCUGACGGACCGGACGCUGGACCAGAUGUGCACCGUCACGCGGCCGGGGCUGGCGGCGAUUGCGGGCGCGAGUGCCGUCGAGCUGAUGGUGUCGACGCUGCAGCACGAGCGGGGCAUGCGUGCGCCUGCGGCCUCGUCGUCGUCGUCGUCGUCGCCGUCGAGCAGCGGGUCGGGCGCCGCGGCGGAUGCCGGGCAGGAUGACACGUCGACGGUGCUGGGCGUGGUGCCGCACCAGAUCCGGGGCUUCCUGGCUAAGUUCAACAACCUGCUCAUCGUCGGCCAGGCCUACGACCGGUGCACGGGCUGCAGCGCCGCGGUCGUCGACGCCUACCGCCGCGACGGGUUCGACAUGCUCCUGCGUGCGUUCAACGAGGACCAGUUCCUCGAACGCCUCACUGGCCUCGAUAAGAUGUACGCCGAGGCCGACGAGAUCGAGGCUGCCCUCGACUGGGAGGAGGACGACGAGGAGGAGGAGGGCCAAGAGGCCAUGUAG